AGUUCUGCAGCUCGCUCUUCCUCCUUCUUUCUUGCUCCGAAGAACUGCUUUGGCUUUGGCUGUGCGCUAAAACUUUGUUCCUGAUCGUACACUUGCCGACAACAACAGAAGAAUACUCGCCUGUAUCCAACCCCACUAUAGACCUAGGCAUCGGUUCUGCUGUCUGGAUCUUCCCUCUAUCUUCCUCAAUCCUCAAUGACUGACAUUAAACGGCUUAGGGUCUCAAAGGCAUGCGAUUCCUGCCGGCGCAAAAAAGUCAAGUGCGAUGCGAUACAUCCGCUCUGCACCAACUGCCAGACAUUCAAGUACGAAUGCACUUAUAACGAUCCCACCAAGAAACGAGGACCUCCCAAAGGAUAUAUUGAGGCCAUUGAGGCUCGACUUCAUCGGAUGGAGGGAUUGCUCGGCGGACUGAUCAAGGACAAAGAUCCUCGCGCAGAAAUCGUCAGAGCGGAACUUGACGCCAUGGCACGGGAGGCUGAGAUGACGGGACUGAAGCUGAGGAGAUCCAAGGCAUAUGAGGAGAUCAACCAUGCCAUGAACAUCUCCGGCGCCUCAGGAUUGACAUCGCUGUCUCAAGGGAACACGUCGGCAUUAGCGACUUCACAAAUCCCUCCGACAUCGCCACAGAACGCAUACAAUACCAGUAGGCGGCAGCAGCAUAUUCAGCCAAUGCCGCUCCAAUCUUUGCAACAGCAUCAACAGCAUCAACAGCAUCAACAGCAUCAACAGUCUCAAUUACAGCACUCCGCCAUGGCUAUUUGUUUGUCACCAUCCUUCGUCGAUGCAGCUGCAUUCCCACCAAGUCCCUUCGUAGGAUUCGACCAAGGACUAGCUCACUCGCCUCAGUAUCAUCCGUCCCGGCGUCAACAGAACAUCUCUUUCUCUCAUGCUCAUGAUACCCACGUGGGACAGAAACAUCAGCUGAGCCAGCAUAUGGCCAACUCAGAGUCGCACGACCCAGAUCACGACUCUCUUGGAAUAUUUACUACUGCAAGUCAUCAGACAAGGUCCGAGGGAAACGCUUCGAUAACUGAAUUCAGUGGACAAGGUCUUGGGGGUAAUCGACGCGCCUCGUUUGCAGAUCAGCACCCGAUCGCCAAUCCUCUGACAGGGUAUAUGUCGAUACCUCAGGCAACAAUCGAACAUGACCUGAGUAUUAUUUUGCCGCCCUCAAAUGUCAUCUAUCAUCUUAUGAACAUACACUUUCGAUUUGUCCACCCAGUGCUGCCCAUGCUGCAUCAAAGGACCCUGUAUGACCAGAUUCAUCGACAUCAAUCCCUACCAUCGCACCUGCUCUUUGCAAUUCUCGGCUUAGCCUCCCGUUUCAGUGACAAUCCACUCUUUCGGACGCCUCAGCCAGGAGCAGAUCGACCGCCAUGCACCGUCUUUUAUGAGCGUGCGAAACUUUUGAUCAAGGAAGAAUACGAUAAUUCGCAGAUCGAGACUGUACAAGCGCUCCUCCUCAUGUCGAUCCAGCAAAUGGGCUUUUGUGAAAGCCAGAGGGCUUGGCUCUAUGUGGGUAUGGCAAUCCGCAUGGCGCAGGACUUAGGACUCAACCAGGAUCUUUCAGAACAAGAGCAAUCACGUAACCGACUUUGGGUAGAGCUGCGGAAGCGAACAUGGUGGUCUUGCUACGUCGUGGAGCGGCUUGUUUGUGCCGGACUCGGAAGACCCCUUACAAUUACCCAGCAAGAGUGCGAAACAGGCUACCCUCAGUUCGAUGAGGAGGAUAUGGAUAUGGCUGCUGGGAUACCAUUUCGAGGACCAUCAAGUUUGAUUUCCAAUUUUGUGCACCUGAUCACGCUCUCCAGGAUCCAGGGUAACAUUCUGCAGUUCAUCAAGGCCAGAGCCGUUCAAUCCGACGACAGCAGCGAUGGCUUCUCGCCUAAACUGAACAUCGGAGGAGAUUCAGACCAUGGAUACCGCGUAGAUACUAGCCACAAUGCAUUUUCAGCACUUGACAGGUCCUUGGUAAAAUGGCGACAAAGUCUUCCAGAGCUCCUCCAGAACCCAACUGCUGAAUCUCCACACUUUGGGCUCUUUCUCCACAUGACCUACAAUACCCUGAUCAUCCUCCUCCAUCGACCGGAGAUUCCUUGCUCUGCAAAUUCAGCUUCGCUGUGCACGCAAGCCGCGGCGACAAUCACAGACAUCACUGAAAUGCUGAUGCAGACAAAAUCCCUGACAUCGAUGUUCAUCAGCUGCAUUUACGCUAUAUUCUCUGCCGGAGUGAUUCAUUUCAUCAAUAUUCCCAGCGCCAAACGCACGUCUCGCUCGUCCAGUCCCAGCCCCGUCAUGUCCUCGGUUCAUCCAGAGCCCUCUCAUCAUGCAUUCGCGGCCAAAGCCAACCUUAAGCGGUGCAUCGAUGCCCUCAAGCACCUUUCGACGCAUUGGGUCAGUGCCGCCCGACGUGCCAAGGUCCUUGAGGAUUUGCUGGAUCUGAAGCAUGUCAGCCUGAAGGACUUGGAGGGAAACUCGUUCAAGAAUGUACCCUUGCUGCCAUCUUGGGCGGUGGAGCCGUCAGGAUACGGCAGGGUCCUGGUCGCGCCUAGGGAAGGCCACGAUCGCUUGAGACAGAAAUGCCGUUCUAAAAUCAUGGCGAUUCAAUCUUUGCUGGCAACCGACGAUGAGUUUGAAAAGAUGCAGAGUCGGAGGAGCACUAGUAUGGAGGAGAGCGGAAUCGAGCGCAACUAUCAAGGCAUGGACGAUCUGCCAGAGGAUUUGGCGCACCAGCAAGGAGGCGGCGAUGAUACAAUGGCGAUGGAUAUUACAACAGACAUGUCCGCUGCUCCUUUCAAAGCCAGAUAUGGCCAUCCAACUGUGAAAAUCUUUUCGUCCGUAUCUCAGGCCUCAGCGCCUGGAAUGAAGAUUGACCGACGGCCGGAACAGCAACAUCAACUGGAUGCCGAUCCAAUGAUGCUUAUCUCAACUGUGACCUUUGGCUCCUCAAAUCAUCGCGACGGUGAUCUGCGGCCGCUGGCUGCUGAAAAGACGUUUCUGCUCGAUUCAGCAGGCUUGGCCGAUGGCUCGGGGAAGGCCAUGACGCCGAUGACAUUGACAACCCUGGGAAUUAAUAACGCCUCCAUAGCCAAUGGAUCCAGCCACUACAACUCAUCCCAUGAUGGAGCAGUAUCCGCAACUGCAGCUUCAAGGCCCUUCGCAGCAGAGCAGGCGGCAAUGUUGGACCCUUUCUCAAUGCCGAGCAGUAUCACUUUUCCCGAACAGAAUCAUGUCCGGCAGGCCUGCAAUGGCGGAGGUGUCCACUAUACCGGUCCUCAAUCCAAUACUGUGUGGACCACGGAUGCUCAUACACAGCGCGCGAUCGCAAGGGCUGAAACGUUGUUGUCGAUGCAUAGACCGUGCGGCCAGGAGGAAAAGAGACAGCCGUUUGCUUUCCACCAAACCGCGCCGACAGAGGCUUCGGGUCAGAUUUGCAACGGCCCCAGUUGCGGGGAACGGGAAAAUGAAGAUCUCGAUCUUGCCUGGAAUGAUAUGCCCCCAACGUUGGGCCUAGAUGAAUGGAUGGCCUAUAUCGCGGCCUUAAUGAUGCGCUGGCUCGCGAGUGGGGAAGCGUCCCCAACAUCAACUUUAUCAGCAUAGUGUUUCCAGCCAUAAGCGCUGUCAAACUGAUGCGGUACAUUAAUCUCGUUAUAAAGAUAUUUAUUUCUCAUCUGCACCUGUAUAGCCAUCGUUGCAAAACUGAUGAUUUGGCCUCUUAAACAACGAGAGCGACUCCGAUUCGGUUCACAGACACAGUAACGGGC